CACUACCAUUCCACUCCAUCGAGACAAAGAAUCUCUUCACUAAACCAAUAACAGUACAACCAUCAUGAGCUCCUCCAUCCUCUCCUCUCCUCUCAUCUCCACCACCGUCUCCGGCAGCUCCUCCUGACUCCCACACCUUCCUCCUCCUCCUUCUUCUCAUCCUUAUCCUCAUCUUCCCCUUGCUCCACCUUCCUUCUCCUACAGACAACCCUAAUAUGAGUAACCUUGAAGACUCCCUAAGAUCUCUCUCCUUAGACUACCUCAACCUCCUCAUCAACGGUCAGGCCUUCUCCGAUGUAACCUUCAGCGUGGAGGGUCGUUUGGUCCACGCCCACAGAUGCAUCUUAGCUGCCCGGAGCUUGUUCUUCAGGAAAUUUUUCUGUGGACCUGACCCACCAUCCGGGCUUGACCCAGGCGCUUCCCGGAUGAACCCGGCGUCGGUGGGGUCCAGGCCAGGGGUUAUACCGGUGAACUCGGUGGGGUACGAGGUGUUCCUUUUGCUGCUGCAGUUCUUGUACAGCGGUCAGGUCUCGAUUGUGCCUCAGAAGCAUGAGCCCAGGCCUAAUUGUGGGGAGAGAGGGUGUUGGCACACGCAUUGCACCUCCGCCGUUGAUCUCGCCCUUGAAACUCUCGCGGCCGCGAGAUACUUCGGCGUUGAACAGCUCGCAUUGCUUACCCAGAAACAAUUGGCAAGCAUGGUGGAGAAAGCUUCCAUUGAGGAUGUAAUGAAAGUGCUGAUAGCUUCAAGAAAGCAAGACAUGCACCAGCUUUGGACAACUUGUUCUCACCUCGUCGCCAAAUCCGGCCUCCCGCCGGAGGUCCUCACCAAACACCUCCCCAUCGAGGUCGUUGCCAAAAUCGAGGAGCUUCGCCACAAAACCUCCUUUGGCCGCCGGUCUUUGUUACCCCAUCACCAUCAAUAUCACCAUGACCUCACAGUCGCGGCCGAACUUGAGGACCAGAAAAUCAGGAGAAUGAGAAGAGCGUUGGACUCAUCCGAUGUGGAACUGGUCAAGCUUAUGGUAAUGGGGGAAGGUCUAAAUCUUGAUGAAGCUUUGGCGUUACAUUACGCAGUGGAAAACUGUAGCCGGGAGGUUGUUAAAGCAUUGCUGGAGCUUGGUGCGGCGGAUGUUAACUACCCGGCGGGACCUGCAGGGAAGACGCCGCUGCAUAUUGCGGCGGAGAUGGUGUCUCCAGAUAUGGUUGCUGUACUUUUAGAUCACCACGCAGACCCUAAUGUAAGAACCGUUGAUGGGGUCACUCCACUGGACAUUCUCCGAACCCUAACCUCAGAUUUCUUGUUCAAAGGUGCGGUCCCGGGGCUAACCCACAUCGAACCAAACAAACUAAGGCUUUGUCUUGAGCUAGUUCAAUCUGCGGCUUUGGUUAUUUCCCGAGAGGAAGGCAGUGUAAAUGCGGCGGCCUCAACCACCAUUUAUCCAUCCAUGAACGAAGAACAUAACAGCAGCACUGGCGGAAGCGGUGGAACCAAUCUUGCUAACCUUAAUUUGGAUUCAAGAUUAGUCUAUCUUAAUCUUGGUGCUACAGGUUCAGCGCAAAUGGGAUCGAGAAUGGAGGGUGACGAAGAUAGCAGCCAAAAUAGCCGAACUGAAGCAAUGAGGAGACAUGAACCAACCAUGUACCAUCACCCUCAUGAGUUCUAAGCUUCUCCAAAUAUCCCUUUUCUCUCUUCAUAUAUCUCUUUAUAUGCAUAUUAAGACAGGAAAAAUAGGAGCUCAUGAUCAAAACUAGAUUAUCGGAUCGUGAUAUAUAUUUUUUUGUCAUUGCUAUGCUUUCACUUAGGUGGUAUAUUUAGCGAUUAUAGAUAUUUGAACACCUGAUAUUUGUGGCAGAAUUAAGAUUUUCACAUGAAUGGUUUCUCUCAUUCCUCUUCCUCUUCCCCCUCCUCUCGGUGGUUUUUGUAGGUUUUCAUGGACAUGAUUUGAAGUGAAAGUUAUUCAUUGGAGAUUGGAGAUGGAAUUUUAUUUUUUUGCUCAAAGGAUGAGACAAGGAGAAUCUGAGAUUUGGUGUGUGUUUAGGGGUGAUGGAGGGAAGACGCAGGUCAAUCUUUUCAAAACACCGGCCUGUCAACUCCUUUGUAUUUAUUGAUGGCUUCCCUAUUCAUUCUGUCCUUCUAUUUUUCUUGUCCCCCCACCCACUUUUUCUUCACACACACACACCCAAACCCAGCUUAUUAAGAUUAGAAUAAAUGUUGCUUAGAUUGAAGAUCUUGGAGCCUAAUGGAGGUGGGGUUUCUUGGUUUUUCUUGGGCUUUGUUUGGACAUGGGUCUCUACCUUUUUCUAAUGAAUGAAAUGAGCUGUCUUUCUACAUUUUUUUCCUUCUCCAGCACCUCAUGAAGACUUUU